UGCGAUUGCAUAAUCCCGAACGUGACCGCUCUUGGAUUUCGUCAGUGAACAACACCGUAACAGAUACAAAGCUGAUUAAUUCGAGACUCUCCACCUCAGCUCAGAACUGUGGUGCUUAUGACUUUUAAGAUCCAGCUGCCCGAUUCUGAUUUGCUUUGUCUACACUGUACCUGUGACUUUUACUUUAGGAAUGCAGAGAUCAGGUAUGAAUACAGAAGGAAACUGAGCAGAAACUUCUUCUCUGGCAACAUGGAGAUGGCAAGACUCUGUCGUCACAUGUUAAAGAACCCUUCAGCACUGACGAAUGUCUGUCACUCCGGCAGCAAUAUGAGGAGAUCACUUUUUGCACUAAGAACUAGCAUCGGUCAUGCUUCAGUGAAGAGGAUGUUCUCUGAAGUGAAGCAUGACAUUGUUGCCGAGGCCGUGAAGCCCAAACGGAGGAUACUCAGGAAAACGCUCCUGGGACUGACGGGGAUAGCGGCUGUAGCAGGCGGUGUUACCUAUGCUAGCAUGGAAAGCGCUGGAAGGAGAAGAGCUUACGUUACUGCUGAAGGAUUUAUCAGAUUUUUCAGAACAUUCUAUAUUGGAACGAGAAUCUCCUUAGAUUAUAAAUGGAAUCUUUGGAAACUUGAAGAUGGCAGCCAAGAAUACAAAGAAGCCUUCAGAGCGUGCAACAGGAGAACAGGAGAUUUGAUAUUAAAGGGCUGUCUGAAGAACGGGGGUCUCUACAUCAAGCUUGGACAGUACAUGGUGACUGCUAACUACAUCCUACCCAAGGAGAUCCUGCAGAAGCUGGCCACACUUCAGGACAGAGCUCUCACAAGAGAAUACAAAGAGCUGGACAGAUUAUUCAAGGAAGAGUUUGGAAAGACCCCUGAUGAGUUGUAUGCAGAGUUUGACCCCGAGCCCAUAGCAGCUGCCAGCCUCGCUCAGGUUCACAGAGCAAAGACACAUGAAGGAGACGAAGUUGCUGUCAAGGUACAGUACAUCAACUUGAGGGACCAGUACCCCGGUGACCUUCGAACUCUAGAGAUACUCCUUGACAUCAUCCAUUGGAUGCACCCAAAGUCUUUCAACUUCAAGGAUAUAUUAUUGGAUUUAGAGGAGCCGUUGGCCAAAGAGCUGGAUUUUGAAAAUGAAGGCAGGAAUUCAGAAACCUGUGCCAAGCAGCUGAAACACCUAGACUAUGUCUAUGUACCCAAGGUUUACUGGAAUCUUACUAAUAAGAGGAUUUUGACAAUGGAGUUUGUGAAAGGACACAAAGUCUCAGAGAAAGAGAAACUGCAGGAAGAUGGCUUCAGUCUAGCAGAGGUAGAUGAAAAGCUGAUUAAAAUAUUUGGUGAGCAGAUUUUUCACACUGGAUUUGUCCAUGCAGAUCCUCAUCCUGGCAAUGUGCUUGUCCGCAAAAAUGGUAAAGGAAAGGCUGAGCUGAUUGUCCUCGAUCAUGGUUUAUAUGAAGAAGUAACACCAGAAAUUCGCAUUGCCUUUGGUCAAUAUUGGAGAGCCAUCAUCUUGAAGAACGAACAAGCCAUGAUCCAACAUGCUAAUGAGCUAGGCAUUGAAGAGUACCUGUUGUUCGCCAUGAUGCUGAUUCAAAGACCCCUCAACAUGAACGCCAAGCGAGGGAGCCACAUGACCUUUAACCUUUCCAACGCGGAGCUGCGCAAGCUGCAACGUGAGAUCAGGGACGAGAUGCACACUAUGGAGGAUAAGAUUGAGGAGUUUCAAGAGAGGAUGAAUGUAUUCAUGGAGAGCUUUCCAAAAUGUCUCUUCCUCAUCUUUAGGAACAUGAACACUGUGCGAUACAUUGACCGAGCCUUGGGUACUCCGGUGGACUACCUCGUGACGAUGGGAAGAUGUGCUGCAGGUGGCUCUGUAUUUCUACCUCAGGAUAGGUCUCUGAAGAGCCGUCUCCAUGCCUUUUGGCAGCGCUUUGUCUACGACUUCACGCUCAGGUCGGAUCAACUAAUCCAUAGGAUUAGCAUGGCCUUCUUCUCCCUCUCGAUCAGAUUAGGAUUGGUGUCCUUCAAACCUCCUGGCAAGGGUAGCAACGUUGGUGAUAUCUUCAGCAGUCUGGUGCCCCCUAGGGCCAGUCCAUCGACUGAGUAGCAGCAGAGACAUACAACAUCAUCGGUUCAUCUGACCUUUCUCGGUUCAUCUGACCUUUCCCGGAAUUAUCUCCAGUGGUACCUGCUCCAGGGUUUUCUUUGAAGAUAUUUUGUUUGAAAACCUAUGAAUAUCGCAAACAACAUGAAUUGUACUUUAAAAGAUUGAUGUUUCCAGUGUGAGUUGAUUAUGUAGUACUGAAAUUUUACUAUAGACAGGUUCUUGCCUAAUAUUUCUGUGUUCUCUUGCAAAUCCUUUAUUUUUCAUUUUCCCUUUCUUUUACUUUCUUUCCUUAUCUCCCUCUCCUUCUCUCAUUCAAAUGUGUUUUCUCUUCCCUCUUCAUCCACCUGCAUUCAUCCAGUCCGGAGUUGGGAAUCACAUUUUGUUGAUAUGGUUUGCAGUUCUCAAUAACUUGAAAAAAAUCAUCUCUUUUAAUCAAAAUGAUAAAAUCUCCCCUGACAAGCAGUAAAAAUGCUCUAAGUGUGAUAUGAUAAAAAGUGCAUGAAAAUUGAGUUUAUCAGAAUUAUGUUAUCUACACUUUGCUGCAUAUGAAAUAGGUUUUACUGCAGAUGGUAUGGUCUAUUUUGAAAUGUUAUGAAAUGAUUUUUUUUU